AUGCCCUCGACGGCCGCGACGCAGAUCGUCAGCUGCUGCGUCUCCUCCCCAACACCACUCACCACUGACGUCGAUAUCAGUGGUCCGUUCCUGCUCUACGGCCCAUCCGGUCGUUUGCUGAGUCGCUGUGAGCCCUCCGACCUCUGGGGGCUACUCAUUUCCGAGCACACGGCGUUGAACUGCACGUACGCCCAGACAACAGUGCGGAUAGGCCGAACCGGUGACUGCGAUACCGUCUUAAACGACCCGCGAGUGAGCAGCACACACUUCACGAUCUCGCUGGAGCUGGAGCCCCAUGGGGACAGCGACCUCGUCCAAAAAAUGUUCAACAGCCGGCACGCAGGCCACAGUGAAAGCAGCACUGACGGGAACGACUAUGCAGUGCCUUUGUUGCCGCGUCGAUCACGAGAAGGCAAGCACGCAAACGCGUACGGCGCCACCAGCUCGGCCGAGAACGGCCCGGAGAGCGCCGUCCUCAGUGAUCUGACAUCAUGGUUGACCCUGCCCAGCCCUGCAGCUACCAGAGCAGGGCAGCGGCACAUUGAACAAGGGGCUACCGCCGCCACCGCCGUGACGAACUUGAUCAAGAACGGAAGACCCAAAGCAAGAGCUCUUUCAGAGACGUCACUACCUGGUUGGCGAGUGCGUCGCGUGCUGCUCACCGACUGCAGCGCUAACGGCACCUACGUCAACGACGUACUCGUCGGCCGCGGGAAGUACUGCGAGCUGCACUACGGUGAUGACAUCAGUGUUGUGCGGGUGCUGGAGAAGAAACGUUUUCAUAGUGGCUCAACUACACUGACGCCCCUAAGCAGCGAGGAGGACGAAGCACAACAGGAGGCGGAGAAGGAAGUUGCUGACUUUGUGAAAGGCAAACCCUGUGCGAAACUGCGGCACGGGAGCGAGGCAGCGUCACCGCCUCCCGCGCAGCACUUCACUCGAUCGUCGCGCGACGCUCUCACUGGCUGUGGCACCGUACGUGUGGGAGCUGAAGUGAAUGAGGAAGGCAACUCGCCCAACAGCGACGACCCUCAUGUAGCACAGAUGUUCACUGCGCUCCUCUCCACGCUGUCGACGGAGCACACGUACGUGGAGCGCUUCUGCUUCCACCUUUACCACGCCGAGGAGGUGGGGCGAGGCGGCGUCCCUAUCACCGAGCCCGAGACGGUUGCUGCCCCUCAGAAGUCAGCGGGAGGUGGGGAAGCAAGCGAGGAACGACAUGGGGAAACCCAAGCGGAGCAGGACAAGUAUGACGAUGCUCUGCAGCAUCCCCAAACCGAGCAGAAACACAAUUUACUGCACCGCACCUCUGUCGGGGUACCACGGCGACUUUCCUCCACCUCACUCGAGCCGCACGACGGGAACGGCGGCAACCCCGCGUCGCACCACAAGUCAAUACGCUUCCCUGAUGACCCGGUGACCACUUUCGACUCACCACCUGAAAACGCCGACAGCGACGCCGUGGUAUCACCGUCAGUCUCGCUCUCUACCCUUCAGUAUCGUGGCCGACACUCCUCCCUACUCAGCCCGCCUCUCCCUCCUCUUGCCCCGGUGCCGAGUGACACCGUCGCUAGCGCUGCCCCAAACCCGCACAGCAGCGCAUGCUCGAGCUCCUCCAGCGUGAGCUCGUUGAGAGCGCUCUCAACGGUAGUCACCCCGCAUUCCCUUCUCCGGUCACGUCCGUCUAUCCGGGAGAGCUUUAUCGCCCCGAUCAAUCUUACUGGCCGCGAGAAAUCGGCGGCCCCGUCGAACGGAUCCAUGCAGGGUUCUAUAACCGCCUCCACCGCAGAGAUUCACUUUCAAGAGAGCAUCGGCAGUAGACCUGCGCUGCAGUGUAAGGCUGCUGCGCAGCAAGCGCUUGCCGCACGCUGUGGGGGCAGUACCGCAAGCAGCCAGACUAACGGUGGCCUCGGUACCGUUGGAAAGAUUCUGAAGGACAUGCCAGCAGACAUUCCCAUUCGCUACGCAGUGCUGCCGUUGCGCCACCUGCAGUGGGGUGGUCGUAUCGGCUUCGGCGCAAGUGGGGAUGUGUUCAUGGGUAUCGACGUGUCAACUGCGACAGUAAUUGCCAUCAAAGUGCUGAAGGGCAGCUCACUUUUUCAGCCCUCGCCAUCUGCCGACACGGCGGUGGCUACUGGGCACAGCAAAACCAUCUCGAGAAGGCCAACAGCACCGUUGGUGCAGGACGACGCUACGAUUCUCAGCUUGUCGGACAUCAGCCUGAGCAACGUCACUCUCCCAGUCCCCGGCGCAGCGACAGAAGUCUCAACCCCGGUUUCCCUCUCCUCUGGCUCUCCCACCACGGCACUGCCGCGGUCGGCAGGGCGAGUGGAUGGCAAAGCGGACACUGCAGAACGUACGAGCAUGUUACCGUCGCUCCGCUUCGCCCCAUUGCAAGGCGACGACGCGAACGGAGAGUCGAUUCAAGUAAGUGAGGCGUCCACACCGCUGACGCUAGUGUCCGCCGCUACGUCGUCAUCAGCCUCCGUGCACGGGAACACCUCCGCAGCGCUGGUAAGCGCCUCGUCCACCUGUUGCCCCCACGCACAGACUCAGCAGAGGUCACCUCGGCUGCAACCGCGAGAUGAGCACUCUGCCUUGCCACUUCUUCGCAAGCACCUACGGGAGAUUAUCUUUUUAACGACGCUGCAGCACCACCGCAUCGUGCACUUCCUCGGCUUCCAGUUCAGCAGCGAGGGCCGUCUGUGUCUUCUCAUGGAGUACGUGGCGGGUGGCACCCUGCAGACGCUUGUCAAGAACUUUGGCGUCUUUGAGGAGAACGUGAUUCGCCUGUACACGCUGCAGAUCCUGGAGGGCUUGGUGUACCUGAGACGCAAGGGUGUUGUGCACGGUGACUUGAAGAGCGCGAACAUCCUCGUGUCGGAGCAGGGCAGCGUUAAACUGACAGAUUUUGGAACGAGUCGCUUCUUACGCACGUGUGCAGCAGAAAAGGAAACCGGAGAAGUAGCCGAGACAGGCAAUGAGCAACAGAAGGCUGAAGUGCAUCGCCGAGACAAGUUUCGAGAGGGCCACCACCCACCCGCAGAUCGGCCGCGUCAGCCCUGCCACCACGACAACUCGGCUGGCGCCGAUGCCGAGGAGGCAGAUAGCGGAGGAGAGGACGUCAGCGUGGGCAACUCAGAACGAUGCGGGGGUGGGUGUCGUUGCAGCAGCGACGUGGACCUCUGCUCGGAUGACGUCGACAGCGCCGAGGACGACGGUCCGGAGCAUCGCGUGCUCUGCGGAACACCCCUCUACAUGAGCCCCGAGCUCAUCCGCACGCAAGAGCCGUCCUUUGCCUCUGACAUGUGGGCUUUGGGCUGUGUUGUAUACGAGAUGGCAACCGGUGGCGUUUUACCGUGGCGGCCUGUGCACAACUCGAGUGCGCCGACGGUUGUUUGGUACAUUGGCCAGCGGAGCGAGGACGGUGAGGGGCCCUCUAUGGACGAUGUCUACACGGAGCGAGACCGUCUGAACCGCACCAGCAGCAACCACUCGCUUCACGAGACAGGGGAUGGCGCGUAUGACGAACAGAGCAGAGGGCAUCGCGGCCAUAGCGGCAGAGGUAGCGGUGACAGCGUGGGCCGCUUGGAUCGCACUCCAUCUCCUAUGUUAUUGGACCUCCUACAGUCUACGUUGAGCCUAAAUCCAGAGCGGCGCCCCACCCCGGCGGAGCUGCUUCAGCAUCCCUUUAUCCGCAAUGAAGCUUCAGAGGAGGCGCUCGUGCGCUGGCACGCUGUGGUGGCGGCGAACCGUUGUACCGAGAUCCACUCGCUGAAGCAGCACGGCGAGGCGGUGGAGGCGGUAUCACAUCGCAAGAUGAAGGCUGAACCUGGCGCGGCUACCAAGAGCACGUUGAGAUCGGUGAGUGGAAGCGCUUCAGGAGACGACUCGCUGCACGCUCGCGCCUCGCUCUCCCCAACACGCACGUCACCCUCGCGAAAAGCCAUUCAUGUGAAGGAGCUGGUUGACAUCACCCCUGCCAAACUAGGGGGUAAAAAUCCUCUGGAGACGGCAUCGAAGCAGAAGCACCCUUUGCUGCACCCCCCGCCUCCGCUAGGAGAGUCGAUAAUGCCGCCGUUGGCGGGCACACGGCUCUCCUGCUCUGGUGAGUCAUCGACGAACCUCUUGGGUGACUCCUGGGAAGAAGUGGAGUCACCGUCCUUGUUGCCGCUUCCAUUGCCAGCCAGCCAGCCCAAGUUGCAGAUGCCGAAGGCGCAUUCCUCGCAGAUCCCCUCGGUGCUUGGUGCUGGCAACCCCGACUCGCAGCCACUUAUCUGCGAGCCCCCACGGCGGCCAGAUAUGCGUGGGUGUCGCAUGGAUGCGUCGCAGUCAGUAAUAGGUCAGUCUGCUGUAGCCCCAGAACUCCUGCCUAGCGCGUCGUACGAUGCGGCGACCGUGCGGUGGUAUGCCCCGCAGAGCUUCUCGGCGCCGACCAAGCUGCCCGUCUCUCGACCUCGCGCCUCCGCAGCGCCUCCUGCAGGUAGGCAACAGACAGAACAGCAGGUGCCAUACUCCAUGCCAGUGGCGCAGAAAAGCACGAGCAAGUCGUACAUGCGUCAGCAUCAGCUGUUCCUCAAGCAGAACGAGCUUGAACGUCGUCGACUCUCUUUUUUAGUGCCGCACGGCGGACGGCAAGUGCGCGGGCGCCUCCGUACCGAAGGGCCGUCGCCACCACAGCCGCAGCUGCUGCCCGUGUCCUCGGCCCCUGCUCAGGUGGGAGCUUCGAUAUUGCCCAUGUACCCGCCUAGCUAUCAGUGCGCGAUGCAGCACGCAGUCCUGGAAUACACACCUGGCUAUAGCGAUUACAAUCCCCAGGUGAACACGCAAACGGUGGAGAUGUGCCUUCCGCCGAGCUUCACAAGUCAAUCACUCUCCAUCCCAGAACAGCAGGGCGAACAGCAGAACGGGAACAACGGCAGCAGCAGGAUGGUGAUGGGGGUGCGGCCGCAGCGCAACCCCUCCCGUCAGAACGCGCUUUCGCUGCCGCUGCGAGGCAACAAGCAGAAGCACAGCAGCCGAAGAGAGAGUGCUCGAAACGCGCCGACUAACACCGCAGCGGCCAACGUAUCGCCUUCACUGCACCCCAAUAGCUGCAUCCCCGCCAUCGCAAUGAGCUCCAGCCAUGUCAGGGGCCCUGUACUCUCACACACGCUACAGCAUUUUGUGCCGCCGCAGCCACUGUCCAUGCAGGGACCCCACCCCGUUGUAGGGGGGUUGAUCAUGAAGACGGACAAUCCUACUAUACCCUCCCCGCUACUGUUGAACUUUACUGCGUCGAUGGGCCCUCUACAGGUGCAGGACCACCGAUACACACUCGGCUACAGCAGUACACCCAUGUCGGCAGAUCAGCUGGUCUCAAAACCACAGCAAGCGGGUGCCCAAGGACCCAUUCUCCCUCUUCCCUCAAAUCCGUGCCACCGCCACACUACACACUCGCAGUCCCCUAUGACACGAAGCCUAGGCUCUGGCAAUAAAGACGACGGGAGCGCCGUCCAGCAGGCCUCGCUAAACAGUGUCACGGAGGUGGAGAGGGCUGUAAGCAGCACUGUCCAGCGGAACGCGCGACGUGGGAGGAAAGGUCGUCCUAACACCUUAUCCUCUUCGAAUCUGCUUCUCCGCCAGGGCGGCCUCCAAACUCAUCGGCACGCUUCUCCGCUACUGAGGCAGCAGCAACAACAGCUCAGCUUGACCUACAUUCACACGCGUGGGGCGGAGCAUAGCGACAAACAGCAGCAGCAACAGGAAGAGUCACGCAGCACGGAGCCCUUGUGUGGAGAAAGGCCGACUAGGAAGAGCUCGUCUACGCACACGGCAGGAAAGAAGCGGCGCAUUCGCACAUCGUCGCGUAUACCCACCAAAGCGGUGAGUCAGCGACAGCAACAACGGCGUUUGCAGCAGUAG